AGUAGAUGUAAUGAAAUGUAUUGAUGUUAAUUUUAGCAAUUAUUUACCCACACAGAAAAUCUAUUAUUGUUUGUAUGUAUUUUUGUUUUUGUUUCUUGGAGUUUUGGGCUAAAGAGUGCCUUUCAACACCAAGGCGUCUUCCAGUUUUGGCGGAUAAAAGCUGGUGGCGCCCCUAAAAACCACGACUUUAGCCUCAGUAACCCCCUAGUUUUUUUUUAAUCAUCAAUUGCCUCAAUUGAGAGAAAUAACUUUAGCUUAAAAUUAAAAAGUGAUUUUAAUUAAAAAAAAGAGCGUGGCAAUAUGUACCAUUUGUGAAGUACAAU